AUUCAUUAAUUAUUAGAGUGCGGUUCCCAGCGUAGCUUUUUUUUCUUUUGGAUUUUGGAUUUCGAUUGUUUUGUCCCUCUCAGUGGUAGCUACCUAAAGUACUUCCCUAGCACAAAACGGAACCGCAUUCCUGACUUCUCCCCCCCGCAACGCUCACGGAUACGGAUUGAAUCAUCGCACCUGCAUAGUCUAAUAAUAAUUCCUGACUCUUUGUGUGUUCUGAUUGCUGCCGCCGGUGAACGCAACGAGUAACUCACCGACUCCAACCCGGGGAACUUGGCUUUGCAACCAUGACUCCACCUCCGCCUCGACCCCAAGCUCAGUCCCUGCAGGCGAUGCAGCAGUCCUCUUUAUCUACACCCGCGCGCCAGUCCUCCCCGUCCUCCACACGCCCCUCCACAACUGCUCGAGAUCGUCUAUCCCAGGUCUCAUCCCACAUCAUGGGUUCAACUAGUCCCUCCGUCUUCACGGCGGCCCUUGUGCCCAAGGCCCCAGAGGAUCCUCUGUUCGGUUUGAUGAGAGCGUAUCGCCAGGACACGUCGGACAAGAAGGUCGACUUGGGCAUCGGUGCCUACCGUGACAACAAUGCGAAGCCAUGGGUUCUUCCAGUCGUGAAGCAGGCGGAUGCGAUACUGCAUCACGAUCCCAACCUCAACCACGAAUACCUUCCCAUCACUGGUCUUCCUGAAUACACAUCUGCCGCCCAGAGACUGAUCUUUGGAGCUGACAGUCCCGCUAUCCGUGAGAAGCGUGUCACCACCGUGCAGACGAUUUCUGGCACCGGUGCUGUGCACCUGGGCGGCCUCUUCUUGUCGAGAUUCCACCCCAUCCAGCCUGCUCCCACCGUCUACGUCUCCAAUCCAACUUGGGCCAACCACAACCAGAUCUUCUCCAACAUCGGCCUGCCCGUGGCCACCUACCCGUACUUCUCCGCAAAGACCAAGGGUCUGGACCUCGAUGGCAUGAUCUCGACGCUGCGCGAGGCCGCACCAGGCUCUAUCGUCGUCCUCCACGCCUGCGCCCACAACCCGACCGGUGUCGACCCGACCCAGGAGCAGUGGAAACUGAUUGCUGCUGUGAUCCGUGAGAGACAUCACUUCCCCUUCUUUGACACUGCCUACCAGGGCUUCGCUUCGGGUGACCUUGCGCGGGACGCAUGGUCCAUCCGCUACUUCACGGAGCUGGGCCUGGAACUCUGCGUCGCGCAGUCCUUUGCGAAGAACUUUGGUCUGUACGGAGAGCGCACAGGAGCUUUCCACUUCGUCUCUGGAGCCGGCCCUGAUGCCGAAAACGCCAACCAGCACAUCGCCAGCCAGCUGGCAAUCCUCCAGCGCUCAGAGAUCUCUAACCCGCCCGCCUACGGAGCCCGUAUUGCCAGCGUUGUGCUCAACGACCCCAAGCUCUUCACCCAGUGGGAGGAGGACCUCCGCACAAUGAGUGGUCGCAUCAUCGAGAUGCGCAAGGGACUCCGUUCCCGCUUGGAGGCCAAGGGCACGCCUGGCACCUGGGACCACAUCACCAGCCAGAUCGGAAUGUUCAGCUUUACGGGCCUGAACCCGAAUCAGGUGCAGGUUCUGCGAGAGAAAUGGCAUAUCUACAUGACCAAGAAUGGACGCAUCUCAAUGGCUGGACUCAACACCCACAACAUCGACUACGUCGCUGAAGCGGUGGAUAGUGUGGUGCGCAAGACGGCAUAGAAGGUACACGGGUUGGGCAGAGAGUCGUGAUUCUUUUGGGUGAACAGUUAUUAUUGCUUAUGGGUUAAUCGGAGUUCCACUGCUGCGCACGCAUACGGUACGAGUCGUAUCAGAUCCGCUGCUCAAGAGCUGACAGCACUGAUCCUCCGCCGAUCUCUGGCUGUAUUAUGAUUAAGC